UCUCAAGCCUGUUUACAUUCCCCAGCCGCACACGCAGUGCCAUGCGGGGUAGGACGUGCUUGUCUGAGCUCCCUUCCGAGUCCUGUUCUGAACUAGAAUGACUGUCGCUUCUACUAAAGCAUCCAUCUGUCCCCAUGUCCCAAGGAUGAACAGCUCAGCGCAAUGGCCGGGUGCCUGUGAUGGCGCCCCCUGCAGGGCCCAGUGCCAGAAACGCCGCUGCAUGUCCGCUGUGGAGCAGGGCUCCUGCCCGGAUGGCGACCCGGAGGCUGACUGGGAGGUGGAGGAGGAGGGAGACCGCUUCCUGGGUGUGCCGUUGCGGAGGUUGUGCAAACUGAGGUCCUCCAUGCACCCGCCGGAUUCCUUCCGGCGCCACAGCUGGGAGCCAGGCAAGGAGCUGCAGAGUGACCCAGAUUACGACCAACUGAGCGUGAGUUUGAAGGAGCUCGACUCCACCACGGGGCAGCUGGAUGAUUUCUCCCGCCACCGCAGGGACCCCCGCCGGGCCCCCAUCAUCCGUAGCAAUGAUGAGCUGGAAUCCCUGCUGUCGCAGGAUGAGGAGGAGGAGGACCUGGAGCGGGCUCAGAAAUGGCUGCUGAUGGUGAAGGCCUGUGGCAGCGACGCCCGGGUCGCAUGUCUCUACAUUCCUAGAUCCGUGAGUUUGAAGGAGCUCGACUCCACCACGGGGCAGCUGGAUGAUUUCUCCCGCCACCGCAGGGACCCCCGCCGGGCCCCCAUCAUCCGUAGCAAUGAUGAGCUGGAAUCCCUGCUGUCGCAGGAUGAGGAGGAGGAGGACCUGGAGCGGGCUCAGGAAGAUGCCAGGAGGCUGCAAGCGUAUCGGACCGGGCAGCACCCUGCCUCCAGCGCCCUCUCCAAGUCCAUUUCCCUGAGCGGCAUCGACAGCUUCCCGAAUGCGGAUGAAAUCUCCCUCUUCGCUUCUGGAACGGACCUCGCCAACGGCUUUAAUGCCGGGAGCUACGGACAGCUGGACACCACCGGGGAGGCUGGAGACCAGGAGAGCCAGCACCGAGAGGGGAGCCCUAUAGGACGAACCCUGAGCUUCUUCAGGAAGAUGACGGGCAAGUCAAAGAACAAAGAGAAGAUGAAGGAACGGGAGAAGGACGGGAAGGAGAAGGACGCCCGCUACACCAAUGGGCACCUCUUCACCACCAUCACCGUCUCCGGCAUGACCAUGUGCUUCGCCUGCAACAAGAGCAUCACGGCCAAGGAGGCGCUCAUCUGCCCCAGUGAGUAGCCCUGCAUUGGCGCGCUGCUUGUUCUCCAACCCAGUCCCUUCCUCCCUCCACCCGCACCAGCACAUGCUCCUCCUCUGAGACCCACCUGCUCUUAUCUCCUCCCCUUGUCCAUCUUGCUGUUCUACUUCCCCCUCUCACUCCGUGUGUCUGCUUCAUUCGUCCCCUUCUCCUCCCAACUCCAGCUCCCCUGUGUCUCUCCUCAUAUUGAGCUUCACCAUCUCCACCGUCUGCCCCUUUACUCUUUCCUCCCAUUCCUAUGCUUCUCCCUCGUUCCUCCCCACCCCUGGCUUCUCUAGUCUCUAUCUCAACCCCCACUCCCCCUCCAUUGCGGUCUCCUCACCAUCCCACUGCAUCGCAAUCCGCUUCUGGCUCAGGGAAAACAGGUUUCACUCUGGAGAGAGCAAAACCCUCCUAGCCAGGGCACGAUGCUGCUGGCGGGAAGGUGGCGGCAUGGGGGAGCGGGGAACCAAAAGAUGGGUGUUAGUGGCAGAGAAGACAUUUUUGUGUGCCCACCUAUAGCUGGAUGCAGGAUUGUGCCACCUUGGGGGGGCUCUUCCAGUCCCGUGCAUCCUGUAGAAAAGUGUGUUGCUUGUGCAAGAAAUCCGUGGUGUUCGCUGCGACAGGAUGGGGAGAGAUUUUAGGGCACGUAAUGGAUAAGCGCGGUAACAUUCCCAUCUUGCGUAUGGAGUAGCCAACCCAGUCCUGCUGUGGCUGUAGGACCACGGUUCUCUUAACUGUGGGUUGGAACCCCAAAGUGGGUCGCGACCACCCCCCCUUUGAAUGGGGUCACCAGGGCUGGCUUAGGGAUCAGCUUUGGGCCCCCUGCCUGGAGCAGUGGGGCUCAGGUUUUGCCCCCCUUUCUUCCCCAGGGCAGGCUUAGGUUUUGGUCCCUUCCCUGGGGACUGUGGAGGACUGUUUGUGGUCAGAAGGGGGUUGCGGUGCAGGGGCAUUUGAGAGUCCCUGCUCUAGGAAGGUUUGAUGUACUAACUCAUCCAGUUCAUUGCCUUGCCUGGGCAAUCGAAUGUCACGUGCUCUCUGCCUAUUGGAGACCCAGCGCUGUUCUUCAUGCCAGAAUCACUCCUAAUUGGGAAUCGUUGGGGGAGGUUCCCUGCAUCUGCUCAGUUAGUUUUCUAUUGAUCUUCCCUGCGGGAAAGGGGCAAGGUGCAGAAAGUCAGUGGGAUGGGACGAUCUUUGCUCUACCAGUGAGGUUGUCUGCUGGAGUUUGCCUGAGCAACAUCCUUUGCCUGCACUGCAGCCAUCUGGCCGCACAACUGUGUCUGUCAAGGAAUGGCGGGCGAUCCCUGAGGCACAGGUCUGUGCCGGCACAAGCAUCCAGUGUAGGACGAGGUAAUUCUGGCCAAGCUGCUCCUCCGUCCAGGGUAACUUUCCGCUCAAGGGAGGGGAUGUUUGGCUAGAUUGUUACAGUGCUAAAGAUGUGGUCCAGCUGUGUCCACACUAAGAAUACUUUGCCAGAGUGGUACUCCAGUGCAGCGCUGCUCGUGUAGACACGGCUCAGCUGGCGGCACUGGCAUGAAACUGAUCUACACCAGCCAAGGGGUCUGACCCCUUGACUGAUGACGCUGCCCUGUAAGUUUAGUCCAACGAUCAUGCAAUGGAUUUGUUCUCCAAAUCCUCCAGCAUUGGCCUGUGUGCGUGAUCAGGACAAGAGCGCCAUGGAGGAGCAGGGGACCUUGUGGUUGAGGGUGGGCCUGUGUUUGGAAAGGAUCAGUGCCUCGGCAGAACGUGUUUGGGAUGGCUUAUGAAUAAAGCCGGUAGCUCUGAGUGCGCGGGACCAGCCAUCAAGGCAAGUCCCAGCUGUGGCUGGGGGAGAGAAUGAAAUUCCAUCUCCUCGUUGUAUCUCAUUAACAUGAUGCCUUUCCGCAUCGGCGUGUGGGGGGAGGGAGGAGUAGGAGCAGAGAUUUCGUUCUGGAGCCAAAGUUUCUUCCUGGCUGAGUUUAAAAGUGCUGCUUUAUCUCCGUGUAGCAUAAAGGGAAGUGCUGCUUUGUGCUCUCUGUCC